UGGGCGGUGCAAUUCUUGAUAGUUGUUGAAGGCGCACUGCAGGCUGCAGCCUAUUAUAAUCACCGCCGGCUUAUCAUUUCAACUUCAUUUAUCAACAACAACAUCCAUAAUUAUUCAAACCCUAACAUCAUCUUCCCUUCCUGAUUUUCCGCUAUGGCCGGGGCUCUAGUUCACGCUGCUUCCUUCCCUGUUCAUAAAAGCAAACAUUUGGCAAAUGGAACUGGGCAGGUGAAAAGAAUGGUUAAAAUGAUGGCAUGUUCAUACGCACCUCCAAUGAGGAUGAGAACCUUUUCGGGAUUACGAAGUUCCAAUGCAUUGGAUAACAUUAUGAGAACAGGUCAUGAUUUUCAUUCCAAAGUUGCCUUGGCGACCUCUGUUCGGCAACGAAAGGUUGGCAGUCGGAUUGUGCCAAAAGCUAUGUUCGAGCGAUUUACAGAAAAGGCUAUUAAAGUAAUUAUGCUUGCACAAGAGGAAGCUCGUCGUUUAGGUCAUAAUUUUGUUGGCACGGAACAAAUAUUGUUAGGUCUUAUAGGCGAGGGAACCGGGAUUGCUGCUAAGGUUUUGAAGUCUAUGGGGAUCAGUUUGAAAGAUGCACGUGUGGAAGUUGAGAAAAUCAUUGGUAGGGGUAGUGGGUUUGUUGCUGUUGAGAUUCCCUUUACUCCUCGAGCUAAACGUGUUUUGGAACUCUCGUUGGAGGAAGCCCGCCAGCUUGGUCACAACUACAUUGGAUCUGAGCACUUGCUACUUGGUUUGCUUCGAGAGGGUGAGGGUGUCGCAGCUCGUACUUUGGAAAAUCUAGGAGCUGACCCCAGUAACAUUCGCACUCAGGUGAUCCGAAUGGUCGGUGAGAGUGCAGAAACUGUUGGUGCUGGUGUUGGAGGUGGAAGCUCUAACAGCAAGAUGCCGACACUUGAGGAAUAUGGCACAAACUUGACAAAGCUAGCUGAGGAGGGUAAGCUGGAUCCUGUUGUUGGAAGGCAGUCACAAAUCGAACGAGUCACUCAGAUUCUGGGACGUCGAACAAAGAAUAAUCCUUGCCUCAUUGGGGAGCCUGGUGUCGGAAAGACAGCAAUUGCAGAAGGCCUUGCUCAAAGAAUUGCAAAUGGCGAUGUCCCUGAAACAAUUGAGGGAAAGAAGGUGAUAACCCUAGAUAUGGGUCUUCUUGUUGCUGGCACAAAGUACCGUGGGGAAUUUGAAGAAAGAUUGAAGAAGUUGAUGGAAGAGAUAAAACAAAGUGAUGACAUUAUUCUGUUUAUUGAUGAGGUUCACACACUAAUUGGUGCUGGAGCAGCGGAAGGUGCAAUUGAUGCUGCUAAUAUAUUGAAGCCAGCUCUUGCUAGAGGUGAAUUGCAGUGUAUUGGGGCUACGACACUUGAUGAAUACCGCAAGCAUAUUGAGAAAGAUCCAGCAUUAGAAAGAAGAUUCCAACCCGUCAAGGUUCCUGAACCUUCUGUUGAGGAAACAAUACAAAUUUUGAAAGGACUUCGAGAGCGAUAUGAAAUUCACCACAAGCUUCGGUACACUGAUGAUGCUGUUGUUGCUGCAGCCGAGUUGUCUCACCAAUAUAUCAGUGACCGUUUUCUUCCUGAUAAAGCAAUUGAUUUGAUUGACGAAGCUGGAUCUCGUGUUCGGCUUCGCCAUGCACAGCUACCGGAGGAAGCAAGAGCACUUGAAAAAGAUCUUAGACAGAUUACAAAGGAGAAAAAUGAAGCGGUUCGUGGACAGGACUUUGAAAAGGCAGGGGAGCUACGAGAUAGAGAAAUGGAUCUUAAAACUCAAAUAUCAGCUCUUAUUGAUAAGACUAAGGAGAUGAGUAAAGCUGAGAGCGAGGCCGGUGAUGAGGGUCCCACCGUGACAGAAGCUGACAUUCAGCAUAUUGUCUCUACUUGGACUGGUAUACCCGUAGAGAAAGUCUCGAGUGAUGAAUCAGAGCGCCUUCUCAAAAUGGAAGACACCCUCCACACGCGAAUCAUUGGUCAAGACGAAGCAGUGAAGGCCAUAAGCCGUGCCAUCCGCCGAGCCCGUGUUGGUCUCAAAAACCCCAACCGUCCUAUAGCCAGUUUCAUCUUUUCUGGACCCACUGGUGUCGGAAAAUCUGAACUUGCAAAAUCACUAGCCGCCUAUUACUUUGGUUCAGAAGAAGCCAUGAUCCGUCUUGACAUGAGUGAGUUCAUGGAGAGACACACAGUCUCAAAACUCAUUGGUUCGCCUCCCGGAUAUGUUGGUUACACCGAAGGAGGUCAAUUAACAGAGGCAGUGCGCCGGCGCCCUUAUACUGUCGUACUUUUUGAUGAAAUUGAAAAGGCUCAUCCGGAUGUCUUCAAUAUGAUGCUUCAAAUUCUUGAAGAUGGAAGGUUGACUGAUAGCAAGGGGCGAACAGUUGACUUCAAGAACACACUUUUAAUAAUGACAUCAAAUAUAGGAAGUAGUGUGAUUGAAAAGGGUGGAAGAAGAAUAGGAUUUGAUCUCGAUUAUGAUGAGAAAGAUAGCAGUUACAAUAGAAUCAAGAGUUUGGUCACGGAGGAACUUAAACAGUAUUUUAGGCCAGAAUUCCUGAACAGAUUGGAUGAAAUGAUAGUGUUUAGACAGUUGACCAAGUUGGAAGUUAAAGAAAUAGCUGACAUAAUGUUAAAAGAAGUAUUCGAAAGGUUAAAGGUUAAAGAAAUAGAACUUCAGGUGACAGAGAGAUUUAGGGAUAGAGUGGUGGAAGAAGGUUAUAACCCUAGUUAUGGUGCAAGGCCAUUAAGAAGAGCUAUAAUGAGGCUUCUGGAGGAUAGUAUGGCGGAGAAGAUGCUUGCACGUGAGAUCAAGGAGGGGGAUUCAGUCAUUGUAGAUGUCGAUUCAGAUGGUAAUGUGACUGUUCUGAAUGGUAGUGGUGGAGCUCCACCUGAGGUGUUACCUGAACCAAUUACAGUGUAGAAGAGAUCGUUUAAUUUAAGACAUUCUAUCUGCUGGCGGCACUGGUGUUUGGUUUCAAAGGUUUUCUUGGUCUCUAUAUUUGUAAUAGACUUGUGAACGGUUCUUUUCGUUUCUCUUGUUUUAUUUUUUAUAUUUACCUUGAAGAAGUUGAGCUAGGUUUUACAUUCCAAAGCUUGUAUAUAUUAAGGAAACCAACUAAAUGUAUGCAAGAUUUUGUAAGGUUGGAAUACUUGACAUUUAGUUUGAUAUUCUUGUUUUUACUUUCACUCA